UGUAUGAUCUGCCAAGGUUACAUACUCAUUUUUCUCACUCCUGGAGGAUCACACUGAUUAAAAAGACUGUCUUGGGUCAGAUACGUUCAUUGCACAAUGGAGUCUGUGGCCUCCCUGAUUGAGCUCCAGGCAGAGGCCAACUGUCCCAUCUGCCUGGAUUACCUGAGAGACCCAGUGACCAUUGCCUGUGGGCACACCUUCUGUUCCUCCUGCAUCCACCAGCGCUGGGAAGGUCUACAGGGCACCUUUCCCUGUCCUGUCUGCCUCCACCACUGUCCUGACAGGAAAUUGAAGAGGAACACCCAAUUAUGUCACAUGAUUGAGAUUGUUAAGCAGAUUCCCACCACAGGGAGCCAGAGGAAAUUACAGGAAGAAAAACCCCUGUGUGGGAAGCACAAUGAGGUUUUAACAUUUUUUUGUGACAGCACCGAGGAGAUGUUAUGUCCUCAUUGCAAGGUCCCCUUAGACCACCAGCAUCACUCCCUGAUACCCAUUGAGGAAGCUGCUGCUAGUUACAGGAGGAAGCUCAAAGGAUACAUUGGAGUCCUGUUGGUGGAGGUUGAAGAUGCUGAAAUGGAAUAUGAAAACCAAAUUGCAAAAGAAUUUGAAGUGCAGGAAAAGAUGAAAAACUGGAGGAAAGAAUUGCAGUAUGAAUGUAAAGAACUGAAGUGUUCCUUACAAGUAGAGCACAGUGUACUUAAUGCUGGUCUAUUUAUAGAAGAAAAGGAUGUUGAAGAAAAACUAACUGAAAAUGGAAGGCAAGUUUCAAACCAUAUGUUCAUACUAAACAAGUUUUUAAGUGAAAUAGCAGAGAAGUAUUUGCAAACAGAUGUGGAUUUACUCACAGGUAUUGAAGAUAUCCACAAUAGGUAUGAAAAGCUAGAGACCCCAGCAGUGUUUUCAUGUGAAUUAAAGAAGAAGAUUUUCACUCUCCCCCCACAUUACGUGGGCCUGCAUAAAAUGAUCCACGUGUUUCAGGCAGAUUUGACACUGGAUCCUGAAACUGCCCAUCCAAGUCUCAUUAUCUCAAGAGAUAGAAAAAGUGUGACCUAUAGGACAUCAGUUGGUCUUUCUAAUCCCCAGGCACACACUUCUUACCCAGCUGUCCUGAGUUCUGAGGGAUUUGAUGCUGGCAGGCAUUUUUGGCAGGUAGAAGUAAGAGGUAUAGGUGCAUGGUCCUUUGGUGUGUGUAAAGAAUCUUUCCCCAGAAAUACUCCCAUAAAACCAUUGCCAAGCAAUGGCUGCUGGCGAUAUAAGCAGCGGACUGGUAUAUUUGGCCUUUUAGGAUAUCAUAAGAUUGGCAUUUUUCUGGACUAUGAAUUGGGAGAGGUUUCAUUUUAUAAUUUGAGUAACAGGUCAUUCUUGUUUGCAUUUACUGACAUGUUUACAGAGAAACUUAUGCCUUAUUUCUCCAUUGCAUCUUCCCCAGAAAGUCUUACAAUCAGUAUCAUCAGAGUCUAGUGAUGAACAAUUUGGAAGAAAUUUUGUAUGUGCUUAGUUUCUUCCUUUGUUAUUGAAAAGAAUACUUAUAAAGAUCCUGAUUCCAGUUUUGAUUUUUGAAUGUUGAAAGCUUUAAGGACUCACCCUUCUCUCCUCCCUAACCUUAUACCUGGGAAAGCUAAUGAGAAAGUCCAGGUGCUCUAUCCUUGGGGGCAGGGGGGAAGUUCCAAUCAAGCAAGUUUCCAUCAGUGUCAGCAGGCUCCCAACAACAGCACCCAGUAACUGACAUGAACACCACAAGCUAGACCCCUUUCCCUGUGCUCUCAGUCAUUUUGGGACCUAUUCUAAUAUCCACCCUUCUCUCCCCUGAAAACCUCAUCAUGUGAGUAAUAAAAUUUUCAUGUUCUUCUGAUAUGUUAUCAUCAGUGUGAACAUUUGAAACCAAUUUUGCAUGGCUUCCACCCUGCCUAUAUAAGCUGGUUACCACCAUUGACAUUGUGAGCAGGAUUUUUCCAGAUAUGAAGCACCCCACCAGGGCUUCCUCCUCUGGCUUUGUAUGGUAACACACUCUGGUUCCCUAGGCAAGGGUGUCCUUGCAGUUUGUGCUGCAUUUGCUGAGUUCUC